AUGUACAAGUUGUUAAUAUUAUUGGCCACAUUAUUUGUUACGUUGACCAUUGUCAAUGCUGACUUUACCGGAUGUGGAAACACAGCCUCCAAAUGUUUGAGAGUUGGUCAAUCAUGUAAUUCGAAAGACAAUGUCAACAUCUGUCAACCAGGAUCAUGGUGCCCAAGUGGUGACAACCAGAAUUGUACCGAGAUGGUGAACUUGGGAGGAGUCUGUGGCGGUAAGAACCAGAUGUGUCAGUAUGGACUUGAUUGCUAUACUGGCAAUGUGCCAACUUGUCAGUGGCUGAGCUAUUCAACAUUGGGAGAACCAUGUGAUAGUGCAUCGUCAUGCUCCACCAGCAACCUGCAAUGUAUGGAUGGCAAGUGCCAACUACCCGCCGACAAGAAGUGCAAGUCGUCCGAUGACUGUCCCUUCGGAAUGUGGUGCUUCAACAAUGCUACCGACGCGUCCUAUCAGUGCGUCAACACUUUGGCACUGAACGGUGAUUGUACGGAUGGAGUGACGACCAAGUGUGGAGUUGGUAUGGUUUGCUCAUUCGUCGACGACACACGAACGACCAAGUCAUGUAUUGCUGUUGCCUCCAAGUCUGCCAAUGCCCCUUGCAACACCCCAACCACGUCGUUCAGCCUCGAUGGUUACAUCCCAAUGAUUGAGUGUGACGUGUCCCAAGGACUGGUGUGUGCUGGCACCAUCAACUUCACAUGCCAGACGCCGCCAACCCCGUCCACCGACUCGGUCAACUGCACAUCGACCUCAUGUGGCCCCUUGGAGACAUGUAACUGCCCGACCUACGACUCGUCGAUGGGAACUUGCGGUGCGACAUACAACCUCAAUGGCGCAUGUGGCAGCUCGAUCAAGCAGUUGGCCGACUGUGCACAGAAGAACAAGUGUCAGUUCAACAGUGGCUCACCCUCGGCCAAGAACAGCUGUCUCUACCGCAACUGUGGCAAUGUGAUGUGUAGUAACAAGUGUGGUCAGACACCAUUGUUCGACACGGCCACCUGUGGCUCAUCGCAGCCCCUGUAUCCAGCAUGCCGCGCAUCAUCAUCCAACAUCAUCAAGCCAUCCACUGCCUUGGGUAUUGCCGUGGCGGUCGCUCUGAUGGCACUUCUAAGUUAG